AUGGCGUCAAGCAACCCACAACCCACAAAAUGGACAAACACAAACAUUGAACAACAGAGUCACAAACAAGGACAGAAUCUAGAAACAUUUGCUCUCUUAUGGCUUGAUCAGAAUGUGAAUAAAAACAAAGACAAUUUAGAAACACAAACACAAUUGCGACGAUCCAUCAACUGUUUACUGACAUUUGAAAGUGGAAAUGAGUGUGAAGAAUAUAUUCGAGAAAGGAAAGAUGAAAAGAUUGUUCUAAUCGUAUCUGGUCGAUUAGGCAGAGAGAUUGUCCCGAGAGUUCACGAUUUACCCCAGUUAAGCGCCAUUUACGUCUACUGCAUGGACAAAAUAACGAAUGAAAGAUGGGCAAAAUCUUAUAACAAGUUCCAACCUCUUAGACUGGCAGAAACAAAAGUUAGUGAUCUUCAGAACCCAGAAGGUUGUCCAAGGAAGAAAUCGCUCGCUUCGGCACUUCGCGGAGUAAGUGGGCAGUCUGGGACAGGUGGUAUACGUAGUAGUGUACAAUCAUCAUCACGAACAACAGCGUCAACAGAAGCUGCUCAUCGUAAAUUUCUUGUUAAAACAUUAAAUUUAUGGUAUAAAAGAAAUAAACAUUUAUUAGAAGUAGAUGAUCCCAAUAUUGCAAUUGGUAUUAAGAAUGGAUUAGAAUAUUUGAUGAAUAUAUUGAAACAUAAAAAUCAACAACGAACAGAAAUGUUAGGCCAUAAACCACUAGAUUAUACAUUAAAUAAUAUAUACUUGUUCAGUUCACAAGGUCGUGAAACGACAUUUCGUAAUUCAAGAGCAAUGAGCGCUAUGUUUUUAAGUCAAAUUAAACCUGAUGAUAUUUUUUUUCCUAUUCCACAUAAAUAUUCAAAAGAACCAUUUAAUUUGACAAACAAUAAUAAUUUUUCUAAUUUAACGUUAAAUGAUAUUGAGAUAACAAUACGCAAUACAUUUAAAACAGUAAAAACAUUUAUUAAUUAA